ACCGUUUAUUUUGGUAUUGAUGCUCUCCGAGCGGGAGACUUCGGGAGACGCGGUCCUCACCUGAGCGAGCCGGCCCCAUUCCCCCGUGUGAAGGCUGUUGAUGGAGAAGAGGGCGGAUGACAGCCGGGACCGUGGUCAUCACAGGUGGAAUAUUAGCGACUGUCAUUCUACUCUGUAUCAUCGCCGUCCUCUGCUACUGUAGGCUCCAGUACUACUGCUGCAAGAAGGAUGAAUCCGAGGAGGACGAGGAGGAGCCCGACUUCGCCGUGCACUCGCACAUCCCUCCGCUGCACUGCAACCGCAACGUAGUGCUGACCAACGGCCCCUCCAUCUACUCCUCAUCCCCCUUCGCCAAAAAACCCGCCCAGAGCCGGCCCAGCUGCCCCAGCUGUGCUCCCUAUGAGCCUUCCACCUCCUUUCUCCAAGAGCCCCCCACCUCUUUUCUCCAAGAGCCCCCCACCUCCUUUCUCCAAGAGCCCCCCACCUCCUUUCUCCAAGAGCCCACAACCUCUUUCCUCCAAGAGCCCCCAGCCUCUUUCCUCCAGGAGCCCCCCACCUUCUUCCUGCAGGAGCCCCCCGAGGAUCUGCACAACGGGGGUGACAGGGUGAGCUACAAGACGGUGAGCCAGGAGGAUCUGGCCCUGCCGGUGCCCAGCCUGCAGGCGCUGAACCCCAACCGGCUCUCGGCCAUGCGGGAGGCGUUCUCCCGCAAGGAGUUGCCCCUCCUCAGCACUCGGCCGGGGGAUGAUGAGCGGGUGACGGGGCCCGUGGGCGGCUGA